AUGAAGAUCGAAAGGGACGACAAGAUUCGCCAGCAAAUGAAGUCAUAUUGGACGGAACACAGCUCCAGUGCGGACAUUGAGACGAUGAUGCUCGACUCAAACGCCAAAGUUCUGCACGAGCAAGAGAUACCGGAGAUCAUGGAACACGCCCCCUCCAUGAAGGGCAAAGACGUGCUGGAGCUUGCGGCUGGUAUUGGCCGUUUCACCUCUAUCCUCGCCAAGAACGCCAAGAGUGUUACAGCUGUGGAGUUCAUUGCAGGUUUCCACGAAGCUAACGUCAACACCAAUGGCCACUUGGAGAACAUCGAGUUCCUUUGUAAAGAUGUCGUCACACUUGAGAGCAAGCCAAACUCUUUUGACGUCAUCUUUUCCAAUUGGAUCUUUAUGUAUCUUGGAGAUGAAGAAGUCAAGGCAUUCGCCAAAAAGGCCAUCAAGUGGCUACGUCCCGGUGGCAAACUUUUCUUCCGUGAGUCGUGCUUCCGACAAUCAGGAGAUGCAAAACGCAAUUCGAAUCCGACGCAUUAUCGCCAUCCUGCGUUCUACGUGGGGGCUUUUGGAUCCGUGGUGUCCAAGGAAGAUAACGGAGACUUGGGAUACUUCACCCUUGAGUCCUCUGGUAGCGUCGCCACAUACCGCAAAAUCAAGAAAAACAAUGGACAGAUCUACUUCAACUACACAAAGACCAUCACGGAAAGAUCUUUAACUAGCAACGAUGAGGCCGUUUCGACGUUCCAGAAGUUCUUGGAUGAACAGCAGUACUCAAACCAGAGUAUCACGCGUUAUGAGAAGAUCUUUGGACAGGGGUAUGUAAGUACUGGUGGCCAAACGACCACUACCGAGUUCGUCGAGAAGCUCAACCUCAAACCUGGUGAGAGAGUUCUGGACGUAGGCUGUGGCAUUGGAGGAGGGGACUUUUACAUGGCUCGUCAGUUCGGUGUCUCUGUUGUCGGAAUUGACCUCUCCACAAACAUGGUGCACCGUGCUCUCGAGACAUCGAUGCAGGAUCCGAGUAUCGACGUGGAGGUUGAGAUCUGUGACGCCACGAAGAAGGAGUAUCCCGAUGCAUCCUUUGACGUCGUCUACUCUCGUGACACGAUCCUGCACAUUAAAGACAAACAGGCUUUAUUUGCCAAGUUCUUCCGUUGGCUGAAGCCAGGCGGUCGAGUGCUUAUCUCGGACUACUGCCAGGGCGAGCAGGAAUCAACAGAUCGAUUCAAAGAAUAUGUGGCUAGCCGCGGAUACCAUUUAUUGUCUCCGUCUCAGUAUGGCAAGAUGCUGGAAUCGGUAGGUUUUACUAAUGUGCUAGCUGAGGAUCGUACACAACAGUUUGAGGACGUGUUGAAGGAAGAAUUGAGUCGUACGCUAACGCACAAGGAAGAUUUUAUUGCGGAGACAAGCGAGACAGACUUCAAGUACAUUGUAGAUGGCUGGAAAGCAAAGAUCGUGCGUUGCAGUGAGGGUGACCAGAAGUGGGGAUUGUUCUUUGGUAAGAAGAAAUAA